UCUUACUCCUCCAUGUAGAGUCCUCCUAGGAAUCACAUUCCUGAAAGAUAAUGCUUAUCCUUCAACACCCCCCUCACUGCUUAAACUAAGUGAGAUGGUUUUACCAUGGUUGGAUGUCAAUACAACCGAGAUAACAUAGCCAUGCUAAAACCGCAGACUAGACCGAGCUCCCACUAGCUCGGUUCUUCCUUUCACUGCGUAUACCUCGGUUUGACAUAUUCCAACUGGGUUGUCCGAGACUGCACUAACCACAACGAGCUUAGACCGAGCUAACCAAUAGCAAGGUUCUGAGGAAAGUUUAACAUAUUUCGGCUCAAUAUGGUAUGACUGAGCUAACUGUUACCACUCUGAGUGUGGUGACUGAGCUAACGAUAGAGCUCUCUUGGACCGAGCUAACCCUUACUAGGUCACUUCCAUACCUGGACCAAGCUAACACCUGGACUUCGGUCCACUUACUAAGCCCUCCUUAUUAUGGCCCAUAGAACGGCCCAUUACCUAGUUCGGCCCAAUUUACUCAUAAAUUACCCUCUCAAUUGCCCUUAAUUCCAUCUGCGCAGCAUGAUAGGGAUUACCUGUUACUGGCCGAGCUAAAAAAAGCUUUAGCCUUCCAACCAAGCUAAAAACCUUAGCCUUCUAACCGAGCUAAAAAACCUUAGCUUUCUAACCGAGUCAAAUUUACAUUAUGCUAUCAAUCUGUCCAGUCACAAUGUCUCUUCAGUCUCCAACUGAAUCGAUUUCUAUUCCAAGGACACAUGGCAGACUCAUUAGCCAAAUGCAGUUGUCACGCCGUCUUCGUACUCCGCGUUUUUUUAACAGUCCCGCCUUUUUGUCCUUCCCUCUACACAAAACAAAUCCUUCGUUUUGAAUCUAUCACUCCACUAUUCAUUACUUUCUCUCUCUUCGAACUUCUUCUCCCUUAUUCUCUUGCAACUGUGGAGCUCGUGUUCUUGCUGAUACUACCUCCAUCUUCAGUGUCGUCACCUUUGAACUAGUAAGUGAUUCGAAUCUCCUUCCUUUCUAUUGAUUUCGCACCUCUUAACAUAAAGCAUGUUUAUGUUUUUCAAAGCAUACGUUCCAUUUUCUGGAAAAACCUUUGUAAUAUAACCACUAGUACUUAGGAAUAAACUGAAGAACGAUGUAUCUGAUCCAAAAUAACACAUCAACCGAACUAGGAUACUGUUUGUAUUAUAUGCAAGCCUAGCCACAACCAACAACCGCACUAAAACUUAUGCCAUACUUGCGGUUUCCAUAAGUUGGGGACCUUUUGUUUCUUUUAACCGAGCUAUCGCACCGUACUAGGUUUGCGCAAUACUAAGCUAGAAAGCCUCAAUCACAGACCGAGCUAAAUCUUGGGGCUAAACCAGCUCCCUUAGUUCAAACUGAACUAAGAAUGCUACCCCGAUGGCUCGACCAGGCUGAAGCCCCUUGCUUAAACCGAGCUAAGACUAGAUAGCAUUCCAUGUAACCGAGCUAAAACUUCAUUUAUCUUGCCUAUAUUACUUGUAGCACAGUCCCACGAUCUGUGCUUAACACCUUUCUUUUUCACUUUGCAGACUCUGACUAGGUUGCCCAAGCACUCCUUUGCACGUCCAACUGAGAUACCCUCUAUCUACUUGGCGCCGAGCUAAUACUGCAGGGUAAUUUAUACAUAAUUUAAAUCCUUAUGGGUAAAUAUAGGUUUUUAGUGAACUCACCAGGUGUUAUGGCCGAGUUCCGAAGGGACUACCAUAUCCCUAAUGAUGUUCAUCUCACUCCAGCCGAACUAGAUACCGUACCUUGGGGAAACCCUGGCUUUAUUCUCUUUGCACUUCUUUCCAUUAUAGAAACCGGACUAAGAUUCCCUAUACAGCCCCUCAUUUGCGAGUUCCUCAAACAAACCAACCUUUGCCCAACCCAACUUUCCACAAAUUCAUACCGUAUAAUAAAUAGCAUUGCCGAGCUAAACCGUCGGGCUGGCCUUAACCUCGGUUUAGCCGAGCUCUUUCACCAAUACUCCAUAGAAUCAAAUGAGGACGGGUGGGUUUACUAUUUAAGAAUAAGGCGCCAUCGUGAAAAGAUAAUAAAAGAUACCCCGGAUAAGGAUGUUAACAACGACGAUUUUUUCUCGGUUUUUGGGAAUUUUGAAGAUCAUAAGGCCCAAAUCCCAGGCGACCGAAUAAACUGGGACAAAGGAGUUGCCGGUACAAUUACCUUGGCUUAGUUUUAUGCUUUCUUUUACCUCGGUUUUCAUAAACUGAACCGCACUGACUGUUGUCUUUUUUUACUUCUUGCAGAUAUGAACUUUCUCAAGUCCCAGUACAGUUACCCCAACUUAAACAUACUUCGCACCGCGCUGCGAUAUCCCAAUAGAAGUUAGGCCGAGCUACUAGAAUUUGAACCGACGUAUAGACACAGUAGUAAAUGGAAGACCAGGGUAACUGAUUUUUUGUUGGAAGCCUCUCUUGAACCGGACCUAUCCUUGCCUGAAAUCAACCUAAUCCGACUAACUGCUGAACAAGAAAUGACCAAGAAGAGAGUCAUAAGAGCCCUUUUGACUGAAACAAACCAGCUCGAGGUACCAUCGACCGGCCAAACACAAGAGGCCGUGGUAGCCCUGCCAACCUAUCAGCCUUCAACAUCUCGGCCAAGUAAGCGUACUCGGAUUUCUUCACCCGAGCCACGCCUUGUCGAUGAGGAUGAAAUCGUGCUUCCUCUAACCACAAUUCUAAGCCCACAACCUAAGAGCUCGAACCGAGCUAACUCUUCUGAUUGGGCACCGAAAUUAUCGUACCAGAACUGAGCCAUCCGAGACACAGAUUCAGUGGUGGCUGACAAAGAUCACAUGCUGGACUUCAAUCUGGCUAAGAGCGUGUGUCUGCCCCCUGAUAUGGAUCAUCAUGCCCACCUAACCGAGCUAAAAGCUAUCCGUUCGGCCACAAAAUCAAUGGUGCUAGCCAUGCAGAAGAACCAGAUUGCUCAUAAGCGUGUGCUAGAGCUACGCAAGACAACAAGGCAAGCCUUGGCAGAGGCUGAACAGAAGACGGCCGAGCUAAACGAGGCCAAACAGAAAAUGGUUGAGCUUGAAUUUGAGGUCGCACGCCUCACCGGUGUAGUUAACACAGCUGAAGUGGAGAAGCAAAAAGCUUUGACUGAGCUGAAAGACUAUUACCUGCGUGAGCUUGCCACCAUUGAAGAGAAGAAGACGGCCGAGAUAACUGACCUUGAGAAGAAGAUUGGUGAUGCAGAAGACCGUGGCUUCAAAGAAUGUGAAACAACCUACAUUCUGCAGUGCAAAGCUGCCAAGGAUCUAUUUUUUAAGUGCGGGUGGAAGGCGGCGGUGGAACAGCUCGGUCACGGUCCAGAGACUAAGGUUUUCUUGAACCCUUCAUCGUACUUCAUACCGAGAAGAAAACCCUUCAUCGUACUUCAUACCGAGCUGUAUGGCAGAGUAUGCAGCCGCCAUUCAACAAAAAUUCCUUGAAUCUGAGGAUGAUGAUGAAGAGGCCGUGCCUAAUAAUGCCCCAGUCAUCAAUGAUCCUGUUAUCCAGUCAGCUCGGGGGAACCACCGGUGGAGGACCUGACAACCGAGCUACCAAUUGAAACCGGGCUCCGAGUCGAACUGGAUGCUAAUCUUGACGAUCUGUUUGCUUGACUCUGUAUUUUCUUCUUUUUUUAGAUGCUAACUUUAGGAGUUUUUAUAACCGAGCUAUGGCCCCACCUUUUGUACUUCGUCUUUGCAUUAUCAAUGAAAUCUCUUUUGUUCCAACUGUUAUUUCGGUUAACUGUCAUGCAUGUAACUUUCUAACUGUAAUCUAAAUGAAGUAUAAUAUUCUCAGGCUGAGAUACCUUAUCCUGGUCAUAACUUUACAAUCUGACUGG